AUGGCAGAACAGCAAAAGGAAUCCUCAUCUGCAGAUUCGAAGGAGAGAAGUUCAUUGCCAGAUGAUGGAAUCGGAAAGGAAUUUCUUAGCUCCUGGAAAUCCAUGUCAAUGGCAGAUGAUAAUGCCAUGGACUUUAGCUUUGACACUGUUUCUAAAGGCAAGAAAAAGACAUUCGACUUUGAAAAACUGUUGACAGAUUCGAUGAGCGUUUCAUUUAAGGGGCCAAUUACCAUCAUAUACAUAUAUGCUUAUGCAAUGCAGUUGGACAUGGAUUUUAAUCUGGAUGGUGAGUUCGACAAGAUAUCAUCAUUUAAGGUGGACAUGUCCGACCUUGAUUUUACAUGCCCGCCAAAAAAAACAUCCCAGUCUAAGGACAAAAAAGAAGCUUCUGGUGCAAAAGCAGGGAAACAAGAUGGAUUUAAUUUUAGCUUUGAUUUUAAUGAGUUGGAUAGCUUCAAUCUUGAUUCAAGCUUAAUAAAAGUAGAUACUACUUCCAACAUUAACCAGAGAAAAAAAGGAGUUACUGCAGAAGAAAGUGAUAAUGAAGAUGCAAAAAAGCCUAAAACCAAUGAUGAUGGAGGUGUUCAUGCUUCUAAUGAUAGCAAGGCUAUGAAACCUCCAGCAUCAGAGAGGCUGGAAACUUUGAAGGUCGAUACUUUGGUUGAUAACCUUGGGAAUCUAGUUUCCAAACAGGAUGGUUCUGUUUCCAAAUUUUCAUCCUCUCAGAACCUCGACAUGUCAAUUGAGAGUCAAACUUCGGCUGUAAGUAGAAGUAUAAGCACAGAAGAAAUGGAUCAAGAAAGAGACAUACCCGAGAAGACAAAAUCAACAGAAUCAAAAUCUGAGCAGGUUAUUGAUAAGGCACCUUUCCAGUCUACAAUAGUUCAGAGUGAUUCAGAGGAAGACACUAUCUCAGAACAGCAUACAAAGGUUUUCUCAUCUGGAACAAAAGUAAUUAAUUUUUCAGGUGAUAAACAAGAGGUUAAUGAAAAGGCAACACAUGUGGAUUCUAAUGGUUUGGACUUACAAUUAGAGCAUUCAUCCCCACCUCACAUCACUAAGUCAGAUAGCAGUAUCGGAGAAGCAAUUAAUGUAGGUAGCAGUACCCGGGAAGGGGUUACUAAUGACCCUCAACCAGAAAAGAGUGAUACAAGUUGUGAAAAUAUUACUAAAAAUGAUGCCUCAAAGAAGAAUUCAUGUGAAAAUGACAUCCGAGAAAACAAAAAAUCAACUUUGGAGUGUCAUUUGGCUUCAGCAAGCAGUAAUCCUGUAGUUGAUAAAGUGGUGCAGAAGAAAGAUAGAGAACUCCAAGUCAUGCCGUCAAAUAUGCUCAGCAGGACAGAGGACAAAAGGCCUUUAAAGCAUCCUUCAUCAACAGCAGGGACAAAUGGCAUCUCCUUUGGCUGUUCCGUCAAACUAAUGAGGGAUGCACCAGCAUUGCUCGGUAGCAAAGAUGACCUUAAAAGUUGUAGCAGUAACAGGUGCAUAGAUGAUAUUUUUGCAGAAGUUAGGGAGGGCAUUGUUUCUGAUGUUAUGCCAAGAGCAGGCAAGUUGGCUGGAAAUUUGCAGUCAUUUCGGGAAGAAGUAAAUAAAAGCAAGCCCAUAUUUCUACAAACCAGCAUCUCAGCUAAAGAUGUUGACAUGUUGGGUUCUCAAGUUAGUCCUUCCUGCUUAACAGAGAAAACAGCUACAAAAAUUACCCAGAUGUCUGUAAAUUGUCAAGCUGAAGCUUCAUGCAAGGAUUCUUCUCAUAAAUCAAGGACCACUUCCAUAGAAGGAAAUAAACCUUCAUUUAAAAUUUGCAAGAUAACUCCUGCUCUUUCUAGCUUUAAGAAAUUAAGGAACGUUGGAACUAACAGAGCUCAAGAAACUUCUUUACGCCAAAAGGAAACAAACUCCUUGGUAAGCUCUGAACAAAGUAUGGAGAUGCAGGGCAUUACAGCAUCAAAGAAUGACCAUCUCACGGAUAGUGGUGGCAACCAAAAGCCUUCAACCCAAUUCUUGAAGAGGAAAACUAUUGAGGUUUCUGAAGCAGAUUUGACGUCCUUGAGGUCCCUUAAGCGUCUCUCUCAGUCUCCUAGUAAAAGCAGAAGUUCUAAAGAAUCUUCAGAAGUUGUUGAACAGGUAGAGAGUAAGCCCAACAACAUACUCUACAAUCAUUCAACCUCUGGACUUGAAAGUCCCUCAGAGAUUAAAGUGAUGGAAGUGGAAAUACCUGAUUCUGUACUCAUGGAAGAUAACAGUAAUGUUGAAAAGGCUGAAGCAUAUAUGAAGGAACUUGAAGAUGAACAUUUUCGGAAAGGAAAAACCUGGACAGAGGACAAAUGGCAGGUAGCCAUGAGAAGACUCAGAGGAAGCGCAAUCAAAUUGUUCCGUACAUGGAACUGCCGCGACUUUAAUAAUAUGUGGAAGGAUUUUCUAAUGGCCGUCGUAACAAAAUACUUGCCUGGACGGUUUGAUCUGAUUGAUGAAGAAGAAGAUGAAAUCAUCAAUGAUGAUGACGAAGAUGAGGAAAAUGAUGCGGAUGAAGAAGAGACCGAGAUGGCAGAAUCCGAGGUUGCCAACGGCAACGCAUCCGCGGAGGAGAUUGACGUGUCGAGUCGCGUAAGAGACGACUCGGAGAAGUAG